AUGGGACCCAGCAGUAGUAAAUCGGAGGACCACUUAGGUUAUACACCUUUACACAUAGCUUGUUAUAAUGGCCAAGACAACUGUGUGGAAACCAUUUUAGAACAAGAAAAAAUAACUGAGCUUUCAGGGAACCCCUUCUCACCUCUUCAUUGUGCUGUGAUAAAUGGAAAUGAUACUUGUACAGAAAUUUUAUUAGAAGCUUUAGGUGAUAAAAUUGUGAACUUAACAGAUAGCAAGGGAAGGACCCCCCUACAUGCGGCGGCCUUCAGUGACCAGUGUGAAUCUAUGCAAAUGUUACUUAACCAUGGGGCACUGGUCAACCACUGUGAUACAACGGGGAAAUCCCCCAUCAUGCUUGCUGCAGCCAAUGGCCACGCAGCAGCAGUAGAAUUAUUAUUAGAACAAAAUGCUGAUCUUUCGUUAACUGAUAAUGAAGGGAAUUCCUCUCUACAUUUUGCCUGCUCAAGAGAGCAUGAAAAUGUGGCACUCCUUCUUCUAGACAAAAUCAAUGAUUCCAAUAUCUGUAAUAUAGCAAAUAAUGAACUAAAAACGCCCUUGCAUAUAGCAGCUAAAUAUGGUUUAACUCCUGUUGUACAAGAUCUAAUAACAAAAGGCAGCAGUGUUUUUGCUAUAGAUGAAAGCGGCCACACUCCGGCCUUGGCAUGCGCCCCCAAUAACCGCGUUGCUGACUGUUUAGCCAUUAUUCUCGCUCAUAUGCCUCUUGCCCCCACCCCUAACAACGUCUACCCCAGGGCCAAUCGAUUUGACAGCAGUACGCCUAAUAACACAUUUGGGGGAACCAGAACACUGGAACCCACAGGGGACCAGAUUAGCAUAGGAAGUCCUUCCAGUUCUGUUCAAGAUGUGAAGGAACACUCAGGAUCAUAUCAAAGUUCUGACUCCGAGUUCUACUGAGGCUUAAUACUUCACAGAUCUGAUGAGCACGGACAUCACCACCAUGAUGUAUGAAUGUCUGACAUGUAUCAAAAUUUGUGCUUACUGCCAUGAAGUUAUGUUUCCACAGGGGACCAAUUUAUUUUAAAUGAAAUUUUUGAAUGGAUACAAUUUCAUGUUUUCGUUGUUGCUGUCACAAGAUCAUGCAUGAGUAAGCAUUCAUACAAAUUCAUUAGUGAGACAUCUGAAAUAAAAGAUAUCCAUUUUACUGAGAGAGCAUAUAUUUACCACAUGGCCAUUGUAUAUGCAUUAAAAUGUUUAUCUGAACAUUAUCUGAACACUCUAAAAUUAGCACAGAAACUGAUUUUUAAGGCUUCUUAAAGCUUUUUUUUUCGAUGAGUUCUAGAAGGUACCCCGGGGAUGCAACUUGAUCUGUCAUUGCGGACUGAGUUCCACCAAAUGUUAUCAGUUUCUUUUAAUAUAUUAUACAAAAGAGGGAUACAGUUUAAAACAGAGAAAUGUCACAGUAUAUUAGCCACCAUAUACAUGUAUAUCUGCUUUUAAAUUUUCUUUCAAGGUGUGAAGAUGUUACUUCUCUUGAAAGUCAAAGUGUGAAUUUUUUAUCCCAAAAUUUUUCAUCAGAGAUUUGCAAAUUACUAUAAUUUAGAUUCAUGUUUGAUAUAUUUUUGGUGCUUUAAAUAAUAAACAGAGAAUAUUCAAAUUCCUACCUCAUUGUCAUAAAAGGAAGGUGAAAGUUAUAAGCAGUAUGUACUUUUGCUAUACGAUGCCCAUAUCAGAUUCGUCUCUUCAUCCUGUACCGGAGAUUUUUUUUUGUUCCUUUUUUGCUGUAUCUUAAAAGCAAGUGCAACUUUUCUCCUGAAAAUUAACACGCUGGACAGUAAUCUAUAUUCUGAUCACAAUCAUUCUUAUUAUA